AUGACAGAUUUCAACAAGUGGAAAGUCAUUGACCUCAAAUCGGAAUUAAAAAAACGCGGUCUUUUGCAGACUGGAAUCAAAAGUCUACUGGUUGCUCGCCUGAAAGAGGCCGAGAAUAGAGAAGGGUCUGAAAGUGAAGCAACAAUCCAGCACGACUCAGCGACUCUAAACGGUAGUUCUGGGACUGUUAACUCACCAGAAGCUGUUUCCGCAGAUUUGCCGGAAGACUCUCCCUUAGACGCUCCAGACGGGGAAUGGCCGCAACAAGAAACUGUAACUAACCACUCUCGUCAAAAUUCUAGUCCAACCACACCAAGAGAUCAAAAUGACGAGUCUAUGGUCCAUGAUGAUCAUGCUCUUGAGGAAGAGCGCACUGACGCGCACAAAGUUGAACCACAAUCUACUGAGGAAAUGAACGAUGACCGACAAAAGCGAAAACGCAGAUCACAGAGUCCAACACCAUCCACGAAAGAUGUUUCGAUGAAGCGCCUUCGGAAAAGUGAUGAGUUCCCACUUGAAGAAAGCAAUAUAGAUUUAGAAACACAUGAGCGGCAGAGUAAUGAUACUUCAAACACAAAGGACCAUCUAAAGCUUGAAAACGAAAAUAUGGCUUCAUCCAAAGGCGAAAAGGUCAAUCACGAGGAUGAGAUGGUAGUAGAAAAUUCAAACAAUCACUCCACGGAGUAUCACAACUCAAGAACAGAAAAUGAUGAUACGAUGAAGUAUGACGAAUCUUACCAGCAAGAACUUGUCAUAUCGGAAACAACUGAUACAUCAAACCACGCUCGUCGUGAUAGUCGAUUUAAAGGACUUUUUAACAGAAGAGGCGCUUCUAAUGAAUCAGAUCUGGGCCACGACAAUAACCUUGAAUCAGAACGUGCCGUAUCUCCGGCUAUACAUCCUGCGACAUCUGCUCUUUAUAUCAGAGAUAUGCAGCGCCCUCUAAGUCCUCAACAAUUUAGAUCUCAUCUAUCUGCACUUGCGGCUCCUCCCGGACAAAACCCUGAUCCCGAUCGCAUUCUCACCUUCUACUUGGACCCAAUACGAACUCAUGCUUUUAUUUCUUUUAGUAGCGUCUAUGCUGCUUCCCGUGUACGUAUCGCGCUACACUCUCGUAUUUGGCCAGAUGAAAGAAACCGUAAGCCACUUUGGGUAGACUUUAUACCGGAAGAUAAGCUCGAAGAAUGGAUCACAUUAGAACAAGAAAGUAAUACAGGAGGACGAUCUAUGGCCAAGAAAUGGGAGGUUUACUAUGAUAUUAACGAAAAUCGCCAAGUAACAGCCAGUUUACAGGAAGCUAGUAACGCACCUCUCCCUGCACAGCGGCCUACUUCUACUACCUCUCUUGUCUCUUCUAAUCAAAUUCCUCUCGGACCUCGUGUCAGUAUCGACAGCGCGCCAUUUGGUCCCCGAACAAAUAAUUUACCAACCCAGCCUGUUCAUAUCGACGGAGAUAGCUCAAAACUUAACGAACUAUUUAAUUUCACGACUUUCAAGCCAGUCCUUUACUGGAAACCAGUCUCGAGGGAUCUCGCUAAUAAGCGUCUCGACCGUAUUGAAGACUCAUAUUCUGCCGAGGUGAAAGCUGGUGGUCGAGUUAUGGGUGAUCCCCAUCGCUACACCUUUGAAGAAGGUGACAUCUUAGUGGAUCGAGGAGUGGAGCUCAUCCCUGGCUUACGACCGCCACCUGGCUAUCGUGCACCCAGGCCUGGCGGUGACCGAGGUGGAUUUUCCGGAGGGCUGGGAGGUUGGGGGCGUGGGUCCAGAGGCGCAGGCAGAUACAGGGGACGAGGAGGUGGAAGCUACCGGGGCGCACCAAAUGAAAAAUACACCUACGGAUUCGAUACUCAUAGUACCCGUGAUUACGGACGUUACUAG